AUGCCAGCUCCCAACGACGCCGAACAAAGCAAAAACUCUGAUAAUGCUGAUGAUAAGGAACAAGCAGCGCUCGUACAAAAUGCUGAUCUAGAAAAUACGGCUGGAGAUGAUAAUAAGACUCCCAUGAAUAAUAACAAUGACCUUUCACAUCAUAAUCAACUUGAUGAUGACACCCACUUUGGUCGACGAAAGAAAUACAAUUCCAUCAGCAUGGAUGGGGAAUAUGGAAAGCAACUCAAGAACAAUGUUUUCAGUUUGAUAUACACCACCAAAGUCUCAAGCCCCAGUUUUGCUCUGGCCAUCUUCUUUGUUCUAUUUCAAUCCGGGUUGUUGAUUUUGGCACUUUUGGAUUUGAUAGAGUUCAAUGAUACGAACAAUCCUCUUCGGGUUCCGACUGAUGUUUCUCUGGAAGUUCGGAUCACCAGUGUCAUGUGCCUCAUUUUGGCAAUUCCUCUCUUUUGGGACUUGAUGGAUUCCAUUGAGAGGCUUCAGCAGGGUGCUCCUCCUUCAGGAUUGGAUCAUGCGCCUCCAGGUGCUUCCUCAGCGAAAUAUUAUUUUGCAUUUUCCCUGCAAUUGAUUGUCGGAAUCUUGUAUCAGAUUGCCAUGUUCAUUCUUGUGGUGACGCCCAGCAGUGUAGUGGAAAUGUUUCUAAACUUUGCGGCACUCGAGUUUAUCACCGAAGUGGACGAGAUUGCCUUUGCUCUAGCAGUUCGAGGUUAUUUGUCGAGUACCAUGAAGGAUUCUUGUAUCGCUGUCACUCAGUUCAAGCUUCCACCGAACAAGGGCGGGCGAUGGGUUCGUCGCGUCGUGUAUUUCUUGGUGACGGCACUCAUGUUGGGAAUGUAUGGUCGCAUCUGGACGAGACAGAGAGCUGGAGCGUACGAUUGUACUCGCCUACAAGUACAAUUUGGUGAUGGAUACAUUACUACAUUGCCUGCAUUCUCAGGCUUCUAUUCAUAUUCACGAUCGGAGUAUCAUGAUGGCCGCCCCGCCUACGUCGACGAUAAGGGUCGCAGUGCCUUUCGAUACUGCAUCCAUCAGGAGAGCGGGUACUGGGUAUUCAAUCACUUGAAAAAUACAGAUGUCAACUCGAUCAAUGAUAUGUGCACCAACUACAUCUCACGCUCUCCGUACACACCGGGCUAUAACAUUAUGGAUCUACCCAGCAGCACCUGGUUUACGAAGCGCAGUAGCACGGACAAACUAGAGUUUCCAGUGGACUACUUCACCAUACGAUGUACGGAUUGCGAUGAGACGAACUGCAACGGAGUCUGUGCGGACAAUGGAGAGUGUGUUUGCAGCAAAAAUCAGUAUGGCGACAAUUGCCAAUUCAUCGACCCCCCAUGUCCCAAAACCAGCUACGAUCAUCGCGAACCGCCCUUUGUAGGAGCUGGUACAUUCUAUAGCUCCGAGUUUGAUUUGUUGUUGAACCGAAAUGGUGAACCAGCUUUUGCCUUUGGACGGCCCAUCUACAUCUUCAAUGCUCAUAAUGUCACCGAUGUCCUAAUGAACUUUGGUAGAAGGUAUUUCAUGUUUUCGUUGAAAAAAGGGUUGGUUCCGUCAUUGCAGGGCAAAGACUUGGCAACAAUCGAUGAACUUGAGGAACGAGCCAUCAUUGCCGAGUAUUUGGAGAGUAUUCACCCUUACUUUGACUGGAUCGAACCUGAGUAUGUCUCCACCACCAACUCAACUUUGGCGCCUGCCACAAGACCAGCUUUCGUUAGCGCCCCUAUUGACAUUGGUACAGCUUCUGACAGUAUAUCACCACUUGGUUUGGCGUGGUGGCGAGUGGACGAAACCGUCGAGGUAGAGUUUGGAGAAUAUUACGAUCUAUACAUACCAGGCCCGGCAGUCGAGACUACAUUGGUCUGUGCCACAUGCUCUCAUAAUCACCCCUGCAGUGUAGGGGGGAGUUGUAAUAUCUCCGCUGGCGUUUGUGUCUGCAGUUGUGACAAUGCCACAGGAAUUUGCUUCCAAGGUCCAACAUGCGAAGUCGAGCCCCCUUGCAUUGCAAAUGAGACUUGUGUUAUAAUUACACCAUAG